UCGACCGUUAGCUUUUCCCUUAUUCUCAAACCAAAAACAGAGCAUUUCUUAUUGGUCCUUCAAUCUUCAGAAAAACGAAACAAAAUCUCACUGGAAAAAAUGGCCGCCGAUUAUGCCUUCACUGACAAGGAAAUGGUUAUUGAUGAAGGUCUCGGGUACCCGAGAGCCUACGCAAAAAUCUGCCGCGACCCUAGUCUUUGUCUCUACAGUCAUGGCCCUCCUUUCACCUUCAUGCCUUACGCUUUGCAGCAAAAUGAGGGUUUGAGAGCAAAGGAGCUGGACCUAAUGUUCCCAACUAUUGACCCAAAGGCAAGACCAACAGCCAAGCCAAAAAUUUUCAUCAAUCUCUUGUGGAAACAGCUCAGUCAUUUAGGGAACGCCGGCUUUGAUCCAGAAGUAAUUCGUGUCGAUCCAUAUGGCAAUGUGCUGUACUACCAUGCAGAUUCAGCUUCACCUCUUUCUUGGGAUAUUGAUCACUGGUUUCCUUGCUCAAGGGGUGGAUUGACUGUUGCAAGUAACCUGAGGAUAUUACAGUGGCAAGUAUGUAAGAAAAAACAUAACAAGCUAGAAUUCCAAGUUCCGUGGUGGGAUUUUCAGCUGGGAAUUUCUGUGAACCAGUUCUUAUCGAUUUUUGCUUCUCGAAAGUCUGAUUUCAGGCGCAGGGCAUUUUCCUUCUUGUUUGCAGAAGGUGAAAAUGAAGAAAUAAAUUCUUCACAAACAGUGGAGUCACAUUCUUUUCCACAGCAUUUUAUGCAGUCCAAAGAGCAAUUUGGCCUUGCUCCAGCUGCUGUUGUUGUGACCCGUAGGGAACUAUAUGAUACUUCAUCAGCUCUGAAAUCACUGGAUUACAACAGGCAGAUAAGGCCACAGUCUCCUAUGAUUGCGGCAAGGAAGAAGAAAUCUAGCGUUUUGAAAGAAAAUGAAAAUCCAGAUUUUAUUACAAAUCCAUAUCAGGCCAUUGUUAUGGCCAGAGAUUCACUGAAACAAAGGGAAGAAACACAAAAGAUGCAGUCAGAAAUCCAGAAGUGGGAUGAAGAAGUGACUGAAAUGAGACGAAAAAAUGAUGAAGAAAAGCUUGCUAUUCAAGACUUGGAAGUGGAGCUGAUAAAGCGUAGGAGAAGGGCAGAAAAGUGCAGACGGCUAGCAGAGGCACAGUCUUCAUACAGGACUAUGCUAGAAAAGAUGAUCCGGGAUGCUAUGCACCAGAGCGUCGUUUACAAGGAACAGUUGAGACUAAACCAGGCUGCAGCAAAUGCACUCAUGGCAAGACUUGAAGCACAAAAGGCAAUAUGUGACGCCUCGGAGAAGGAACUUCACAAGAAAUUUAAACAACGAGAUGAGCUUGAGAAGCAGAUAAGGCCUGAAGGGGAACACGCAAGGAAGAGAUCAAGGAUGGAUGAUAUUUUCUUAGAAGGACAAGAUAGCAAAACUGUUCUUUAUCUACCAGGAAUCAGGCCAAGGACGCCUUCACACAAGGAGCUGAGACUGUUUCUGGAGGAGGAACAUAAAGCAUCUGUAGCUGGUUUAUCUUCAAAUGAAGAUCAAAAGCAUGAAGAAAUUGAAGAGGAACUUGCAAUUACAGAAAGAAAUACUGUCAGAGGAACGCGUGAGGAGCAUGAUAAAGCCAUAGCUGCUUUGGAAGAUGAAAAAUCAAUUGUGCAGAAGUUUCAGAGAUUUGAAAUAGAAGAGGAGAGACAAGAAAUUCAAAUCCCUACUGCUGAAGAGACGGAGAGAGCAGAUGAUGAAGAGAGCAGGAGGCAGCGUGGGAAAGGGAAUGUUGAGAGGUGGCUGCAAAUGCUGUUAGAGAACACUCAAGACGAAUUGGACCCUCAAAAUGCAGAUGCAGAAGAAGUGACUGGAAUCGAUGAAAUAAUAAAAAAGCUGGAUUUGAAGUAUCCACAGAAAGAGAAAAAGGUCACGACACAAAUUCAUGAGAAGCAGCAGAGUGUUGGGGAGAAGAAAGAAGAGAUUGUCGAGAUAGAAGGCAGUAAAACACCAAGGAGAAGUAGCAAUGCUUGUGAAGUAGCUCGUAUUAGUGAAGGUCGUCUUGGAGGCAGAAAGCAAAGAAUUGAGAAGAAUGGCAAGGAAAGAAUUCUUGCAAGGUCUGAGAGUGCCAGGGCCUUCGGGCGAAUCCCAUCUUCUCCAUCUUUGAUUUUGGGUAUGAAAAAAGGAGUGGAGUGCAUGAGGAAGAAGCCAAUAGUAACUAGUGAUGAUGAAGAAGACUAUGCUGCCGGAAACAACUUCCUCAAGUCAUCCAUCAAAACAAUAAAGAAGGCUGUGAAAAUAUGAAGAUUUCUUCCACUGAGGCCUAUCUCUUUGGAUUGUAUCUUCAACAUUGCCGUGAUUUAUUUAUUAUUUUUUAAGAUUGCUAAAAGUAUCUUUUAAGUUGAAUAAUGGAGUGAAUUUAGGUCUUUUCAGCUUUUGAUGUCUGUAUAGGUCGUCCAGUUGUGAGAUAACAGCUUGUUGUUUAUAUAGAUCCUAUUCAGUUGGGUCAAUAUCUGUAUAUCGUAUCUGUGGUUUUUUUUUUUUUUCAUUUUGGGUUCUCCAAGUGAUUUCGGUAUUAUAGAUAUGUUGUUUUGGUUUGUUCUCUAAGUGAGUGCUAAUAGCUCCUAGAUCUAAUAAACAGAAUGAUUGUGGGUGUUUAUGUUGUUAAUCUGAA